GUACCACAAAAAAGAACAAAAAUACAAAAGCCAACACACGUGUUUCACUCCUUCCCGCGUCCAGUCUUAUACUAUGAACUCGCGCAAUUGGAAAAAUGGAAAAAGAUACAGAAUUGAACGAUAUUCAGAAAAAUGAAGAUUCCCUUGAACAUGAACCAGAAAAUGAAUCGGAGUACUUGUCCCGCUGUGAAGGUGCUGAACUUGCAAUCGAAGCAAGUUGCUCUCAGCAACAUCAUGAAUAUUCAGACUUCAACGACAAUCUAAAGAUGGGAAAUGCCCAUGGUAGUGCUGUUGUCAGUAUAGAACAAGAAUCAGAUUACCUAAUCCACUGUAAAUACUUGCAACCAAAAGACAACAGAAUCGCAGGUUCAGAUCAGGAAGUCGGUGGUUCUUUGUUGAACAAGCUCCCAAUGUUGAAGUCCAAUUUGCUCAACGACUCUGAAGAACUGAAUAAAAAAAAACGAAAGAUACACUGCACCAAGCCUGAAAAUAAAAAAAGAGUGAUUAAGAGGAAAGAAAACGAACUGAAAAAAAUCCUGUGUCCCUAUAUGAUUGUGAAUUCAAAACGUCCAAGGAAGCUGUGUCUUCCGGGAGAUGGACGUGAACAUGGUAUUGUUUUUGCCUGCUUGUACCGUUUAUUGCAAUGCCAUUUCACACUUGCGCCGAACACCAACGAUCUAAACGAGGACAAAUGCGAAGAACUUGGCAUUCCUUACGAAAACUUUUUACCUUUCAUAGAACUGAUGAAUAUAAUCAAAGAUAUCCCUGUACCUGCCAUCGUUUCGCGAACUGGACAGUUGCAUCUCCUUCCCCCUUCACUAGGAUCGUUGGUUGGAUAUCGAGGACUUGAUCUUCACCAAGAUUACUUACAAACAAGUAGCCGUCAAUUUGAAACGUCACAGAAAAAUACUACAAUUACAGAACUGGAUGAAAAUGAGGCUAAUGCAUUGGAAGGUCCUAGCGAGCAUUCCGAAACGGUGUCUAACGGUGUGGAAGUUGAAGAACCGAUCACAUCAGGAAGUAAGGAACCGGAAGACAAGUCAUAUCCUCGCCAUAAAACGGAUGAAAUACCUUUGGGUGAAAAAAACGCAGAUAGUCUGCUUCUAACGCGGUUGAUGACGCUUUUCUUCUGGCCUGGAAUUAUGAGCUGCAUGCCCGUUCCAGACCUGACUAAAGAGCAUCAAACACCGGAAGCGGCUGGAGUCUAUCCUGAAUCGCCGCCUCCGAAGAAUAAGAACAAAGUUCCUGGAAAAAGGCAAACUAAAAUCAAAAGGAAGGAGAUGCUGCAACAAUUAUCCUUGAAACGUUAUGGGAAAUCCAAGGCAUUAAAUAAAACCAUAAUUUCAACAACGAGCGUGGAGGAUUCGAAUAAUACAGUGGGUUCAACCGGUGCGAAUGGGGAGAUUUCGGAAGCAGCAGCGAUGCCUUCAGCAAGUACUGGGCCAGCAAGCGAAGCAGAUAAAUUCAUAAUUCCCGUGUCACCCGCCAAGAAAGCAAAGAGAACUCCGGCCAAGCCAAAAGAAGUUCCACUAAGCGACCGAGUAACUCGUAAUUUAAAAAAACUGUGAACAGAUAUUUGAUUGGAAUAUCCUGUAUCGAAGUUUGGCUCUUAUUUGAUCUCGAAAUUUUUGUGUUCAUGAUGUGUUCUUAAGUCUCCCCGUGUUUGCAGCAAAAGCUUGUGCAGAUGUUGUCCGCCCUUUUUGCAAAGAUUAAAAAACAGUUACUAAUAACUCCUAACUAUGUCUAAUUAAAAUUAAAGUAACCCAGAAAUGUUUAAAAUGCCAUUGAAAGAUACAGAAAUACAUUGAGUCCAAAUUCUC